UUAAUUUAUUUAUCCAUUUCGUUGAAUUCGGGACUUGACCUCAAAUCAUUUUGACUCAAAACAAACCAAUAUUACAAUCAAUACUUCAAUACUCCCCAUUUUCAAAAAAAUAUGUUGUCACUGCGGCGCAUGCAAAGAUUCCAGUGGCGGCCCCUAGUCCGUUUCUGUUCGGCCGAUCUGGUGCAUAAGGACACUUUUAUUGAGAAGCUGCGCAACAGUUUCGUCGAAGAUGAGCGCAACAAUUUUGUGGUGCCCACAUUUAAGAAGGCCAUGCUUUAUCCAGAUGAAAUAGCUGUCAAGGACCUCAAUGGCGAGUUCACCUAUUUCCAGCUCUAUAUAACGGCCAAGAAGCUGGCCAUACAGAUAUCGAAUUUCUGUGGCAGCGCCUCGCAGUCGAAUGUGGUUUUCCUGAGCUCGAACAGCGCACUGUGGAUUGUGAUACAGUGGGGCUGCUGGAUGUCCGGGCAGGUGGCGGUGCCGCUGGAGCCGAAUCAGUCGCCCGAGGAGCUGCUGGGCCAGGCGACGGACUGCAAGAGCAAACUGCUGAUAGCAACGCUCGAGUGCGAGCCACUGGUGCAGGAGAUGGCGCAGAAGCUGCAGGCGGCGAGCAUCAUAGUGGAUCACGGCUUUCUGCCCAGCUCGGAGAGCGUCUCCUCCACAGCGAUGUAUGCCAAGCAGCUGGUGGGCUUGAAUGGCGCGCUCAUACCGGAGAGCACGUUGGCCAAUGAUUAUUAUGCCAAUGCGCCGGCCAUGCUGCUCUACACGCCCAAUGCGGCCAAUGGGCGCAACAGCGUGCUGCUGAGUCAUCGCAACAUUGAGGCGCAAAUGCGCUGCCUGCAGAGCGCCUGGCGCCUGGUGGGCAGCGACAGCAUGUUGCCCAUCAUGUCCAUGAAUCGCAUGCACGCGGCCAUGGGCGCGCUGCUCAGCGUCGGCGGCAAUUUGCUGCUGCAGCAAAAGUUCGAUAGCCACAAUGCCUGGAGCUCGCUGCUGGGCAUCAACAGUCCAUCCAAGCAGCGCAUCAACAUCUUUCUGGCCAUGCCCAUCAUCUACAAGCGUCUGAUUGCGGAGUACGACAAAAUGUUUGCGCAGGACAAGCGCAUGGUGGAGUACAUUGUGAAUCACUGCAAGCAAAAGGUGCGACUGAUGGCCACGGGCUUUAGUUUGCUGCCCGAGUCGGUCUAUUAUCGCUGGCGCGAGAUUACAGGCCAGAGCAUCUAUGAGUACUACGGCAUGCUGGAGACGGGUCUGGUAAUGGGUCCCACGCUAGACGACGCACACAAUCCGCUGGAGUAUCGUCCGGGCACGCUAGGAGCGCCGCUGCCGGGCAUCACGGCGCGUCUGCUGGACAGCGCGGGCAAGCAGCUCAUCAGCUGCAGCGCGGAGCAAAAGGCUCAAGCGCUAAGCAGCGCCGUGGGCGAGCUGGAGAUUGCUGCCGAGCAUCUGUAUCCACUGCGUUGUGCUGGCAGCGCCAAUGAGCAGGGCUGCUCGCCCUAUUUCUUGAAAACCGGCGACAUCUGCACCUAUCAGAAUACCAACUUUUAUUUUCUCAGCAAGAGCAGCGAUGUCUUCAAUGUGGGCGGCUACAAAGUCUAUGGCUCGGAGAUUAAAAAGGCGCUCAUCUCGCAUCCGAGCAUCAAUGAUGUCGCCGUUCUGGGCAUUCCACAUAAGCUCUGGGGUCAGCGUCUGGGCGUCAUCUGUAUUGUCUCGCCGGAUGCCGAAAUCGAUCUAGAGACUAUUAAGAGCUACUGUAAUAAUCAAUUGCCCGCUCAUAAGCGUCCCACCAUAUUCAAGACCAUUGUGGCCAAGUAAUCCAGUAUUAUUUUUCAUUUCGGCAGACACCACACCACUCCACCCCACCCACUGUGCGUGUGUGUGUGUAGCCUAUAAAUUUUAUUGUGUUCCGGUUCCGUGUCGUCGCGUGUUUUAUGCAAUUUUUUGUAUUUUAUACUAAACGACUCAAACAAAAAAAAUGCUAAACAUUGUUUAAUAAAUUUA